UUUAUACGAAGUAUUUUAAUAAUUUUAAACAAAAUGUCAAUGCACGCAACACCGAUACUCUACUUAAACAUGGGUGGUGAAAUGCUGUAUGUUUUACGACAAAGACUGAAAGCUCAAAAGAUCGACGUCGACAAAACUGUGCAAGUAUUAAAUGAUGUAACUGCAGCUUUACUCAAUGUCACAGCACUUUCUUCAGUAUUUAAAAAAGGCCCAGUUAUAGCUGUAGCAUCAUUGCGUCCUACUUUAGAAUGUGCUGCUUUAUCCUCUAUCAUGAGAUUGGAUAAUAGUAGCAUGGACAAAUUAUUUGAUCUAAUGACGAUGAUGGUAAAAUAUCAAUUGAGUGUAGUUACUGGUCCAAGAGAAGUCAUUCUUCUUACAUUAAAUCAUAUAGAUGCAAUGCGUGACAUGGUUAGCAAUACAACUGGACAAGAAUGUGUUGCAUUGGUACAUCAGAUGGUCGUUGAUUUUUAUAGUGAUUUAACUUUUGACGAAGUCUGGAAAACAAGAUAUGAUUGCCUUCAAGAAUUAGAACCAUAUCGUGUAAGGGUUUCUAUUCUUUUGAGACUUGGUUUACAGAAUGAAGAUACUAGUUUUAAUUUAACAUUGCAUAAGUAUAAUGAAAAGUAUGAAGAACAUAGACAUACAUUAGCCAAUCAAAAAAUAAAAGAUGUAGACCUCAAUCAAAAUUGUAGAGGUUCCUUCCAACUUUUUGGCGAUCGCGAAACAUUAUUGGGAAGAAAUAUAUACUCCUCUACAUAUGGAAUGACAGAAAGAUUAAAGCCAAAGCAACAUGAUUCGAACUUCCUAAAAGACUGUGGCACUAAAGCAGAACUUGGAAUGUUAGCUACUCAAUUAGGAACAGAAGAGACUUAUGAAAGACCUUUUACUUUAAAUUUAUUUUCCAAUGAAGAAGAAAAUUCAAAUAAUAAAAAUAAGUGUAAUAUUGAUAAAAAUAACUUUGAAAAGAAAGAAUUAGAAGUUGAGAAAACAAAGAUAAAUGAAGAGUAUAAAAAUAAGCUUGAUAAUGUUUAUGCAGAUUUUCGUGAAAAUGAACAGGAAAAAGUGGCACGCAAUAUGGAUCUACUUGAUUUACUUGAUGAAAUCGAAUAACGUACUAAUUCAUCAUAAUACUAUCUGAAAAAAUAAUUACUUCAUAUUUUUUUUCAGUGCACUUAAUAGAUAGAUAUAUAUACAAUGUAAUUUGCACCUCAUUCAAUGAUGUAAUAUUUUUAUCUCCAUACAAUAUACAUUCGUAUCAAUGAUAUAUUCGUAUCAACGAAAGUAUGUUAAAUGCACAAAUAAUUCUCUAUAAAUCAUUAUAACUAAUUUUUAGUCAUAUCCAAAAUGUAUUUUACUCCAGUUUUGCCACUAAUAUUGAGUGCAUUUGUAAUAGCUUCUUGAUAUUGAGAGAAAGAUACAACUUUGUGUGGUGGAGCUUGUAAUUUUUUAUCCUUAAAGAAAAGUAUUAAUUCAUCAUA